CAAUGAGUAAAUUUCCCGCCAUCUAUUGACUGACUACUUUUACGUAGCCUGUAACUGUAAAGUUAUUUUUGUGUAUUUGAUUAUAAUAAAUAUAUAUAUAUAUAUAUAUAUAUAUAUAUAUUGCUGGUGUAUAAAUAUGUGGCAGAAUCAAGGUGGUUUCAACCAGUCUGGAUUUGAUGGGCCUACAGGACCUGGUUUCCAAUCUCCCGGGGGAUUUGGAACUCCUAGUCAGGGACAAGAAAAAAAAACUCGGAACAGAGCAAAGAAUAUUUUGCCUUGCACAGUAGCUCAGAUCUUCAAUGCAACACUUGAUGAAGAUAAAUUCUUUUCAGGAGAUAUUGAACUUCAACAGAUUACUAUGGUUGGUUUGGUGAGGACGGUGAAGGAAUCGCCCACAAGACUCGAUUAUGAGAUAGACGACAUGACGGGACCAUCCCUUGAAGUCAAACAGUUUGUUGAUAAUGAUGAGAGUGUACCUGACGAGGAAAGAGUGCAGACCAUGAGAGAGAACACAUAUGUGCGAGUCUGUGGUCAUGUCCGUUCGUUUGCUGGAAAGAGAAGUGUCGUUGCCUUCCGCAUUAUGCCCAUCACCGACAUGAACGAACUGACGUGCCAUUUAUUAGAAGUUAUCCAAGCACACAUCACCCUGUCAGCACCCCAGCAAUCACUCAACUCGGAUUCGGGUCCAACUCGAAUGGAUACUAAUGUGAAUACUGGUGGGACUAUACCAGGCCUUAGCCCAUUACAGUCACAGCUUCAAUUGAUAAUAAAGAACAACCCUUCAGAUACUGGAGCCAGCAUACAUGAUAUUUGUAAAGAACUGAGAAAUAUUUCUGGAAAAGAAAUUAGAGAUGCUGUGGAAUUUCUGAGCAGUGAGGGACACAUCUAUUCAACGAUAGACGAUGACCACUACAAGGCUACAGAUGGAUGAAUACUGUGGUGCAAUUCUUCCAGAAUGUGAUCCAGAUAUAAAUAAACACGACAUGCAUUAAUCAUCAUCAUCAAUAGCAUAUUGAAAAAACCCAUAAAAACAUUUUAAGCAUGUUUAGUUCAUGUUAUUAAAAGAUAUCGGUGACCAAUAGCUUAUCUUUGUGGUACAAGAUAACAUUUACCUGCAAUACUAUCUUCAUUGUUUCUUUUGGGCUUUCAAAACAUGAAUCAUGUCUUAAGUUUUUAGUUCAUUCAAACACAUUUGAUGCAAAAAAAGGUGGAGACUAUAGUCCUUCCCAGAGUGAUUGCCUUUUUUCAUAUGAAAUUUAUUACACAUUAUUUAUUUUUGAACCAAUUGUUUUCUAAAUAGUAUACAAAAAUAGGUUUGUUUUUUUGUCAUUUCCAAAAUACUAAUUUUCUUCUUAUGUCAAACUAAACUGAAAUUAUUUACAAAAAAAAACAUUUUUGUAGGAGGAUGGGACGUACUAUAGUUCUCUUUUAGAUGGAUUAUGUUCCAUUAGUUCUUGUCUUUAACAUGUGGCUAUGUUUUUUGCUGAACAAUAUAUGACAUGCACAGUUAUAAAAAAAUUAACCCGACUUCCAAUCUGUAUAUAUAUGUAUGUUAAGAAUAUAUGACAGUUCACAUAUGCUGAACACCAAUGUAUUAGCCAGAAAUAAAAAUACAUGUACUAUGAUUCUC